ACUGGGAAAGGUUUUUUGGAUUUCAACUCGACAUCCCGCUACAUUGUCAGUGGAGUCGACCAGGCUAUCAAUGUUUGGGACCUUAAAGUGAGAAGUCUACGCAAAACAUACAAGGGCCACACAGGAAAAGUGACAUGUGCUAAAUUUAACUGGAACGACACGUACAUUGCUUCAGGUUCUGACACAGGGGAGAUAAUCGUGUACAAUGCUGUAUCUGGACAGGGAUGCAGUCCAAUGGUUGCUCCUAAAGCACAGGCGGUUAAGGAGAUCCAGUACAGCCACUUUAAGAAGUCAUUACUCGGCUCAGCAUCGGAUGAUGGUGCUGUCAACCUGUGGGACACGAACACACGUCGCCUCAUCCACAGUUUCAGCGAUGCUCACCGUGCCCCUGCUACUGGCAUCAACUUCUCUCCAAUCAACGCCAUCUUCCUUAUGUCUGUUGGCCUUGACAAACGCAUUAUCUGCUAUGACCUGGAGGGCAAGAA